GGAUCAGUGUUGAUACUGAGUUUCUCUCCUCCCCCUCAGUCAGUGGUGUGAUUUCAAGGGUCUUCUCGCUGUCAAAGCACCACCUCUGCACCAUGUGACAUGAUCAGAUCUGUGUUUCCAUUGGUGCUCUGGAUCUGUCACCUUUCUCCCCAGACAGGAAGCCAUGCCCCAUUGUAGAGACUGUGUGUGUGCUGCUGUGGUAGGUUAACAAGGAUGAGUGUGUGGGAGGGGAGAGGAAGCCAUCAUUGGCUGAACUGUGUGUGGACUCUGGUCUCAGACUUGGAAGACGAGAGCAGUCUGGUUCAUUUUAGUACGCAUAAAGCCAUGGACUCAACCUGGACGAUCCCGGUGGUGUUGGCUGUGUCUGUAGUGGUCAUAACAAUGCUGUACUUCCUUCUUGGAAGCUCUGCAGAAGGACAAGGGAAGGGCCCUGUGACCCUAAAGGAGCCUACGAUCAAAUACUCACUACCACUCAUUAGCAAACAGGAAAUCAGUCAUGACACAAAGAAAUUCCGCUUUGGCCUUCCAUCUGAGUCUCAUAUCCUUGGACUGCCAGUAGGUCAGCAUGUUUACCUGUCGGCCAAGGUAAAAGGCAACCUCGUUGUCAGGCCUUACACUCCCGUGUCCAGCGAUGAAGACCAGGGAUUUGUUGACCUUGUGGUUAAGAUAUACUACAAGGGGACCCACCCAAACUACCCAGACGGGGGGCAGAUGUCUCAGUACCUGGACAACAUGGCCAUUGGAGACUCUAUUGACUUCAGGGGCCCCAACGGACUUCUCAUCUACAAAGGCAAAAGUAUGUUUUCUAUCCAAGCCAACAAGAAGACGGAGCCAGUUGUUCAGAAGUUUAAACAUGUUGGAAUGAUCGCUGGUGGAACAGGCAUCACCCCAAUGCUGCAGUUGAUCCGACGGAUCACAUCAGAUCCUUCCGACAACACCAAGUGCUCUCUCAUAUUUGCCAACCAGACUGAGAAAGAUAUUUUACUGUGGGAUGAGCUGAAGGACGUGCAGAGGAAUCACCCUGAGAAGGUUAAAGUUUGGUACACGUUGGACAAGCCUUCAAAAGACUGGACCUACAGUUCGGGGUAUGUGACCCUUGAGAUGAUCAAGGAUCACAUCCCUGCUGCGUCCAGAGAUGUACUGAUUGUCCUCUGCGGACCCGCACCGAUGAUCCGUAACGCCUGUCUGCCGAAUCUGGAAAAACUGGGACACGCAAAAGAAAAUAUCUUUGCAUACUAGACAUAUUCAACAAAUGGUUAGUUUGUUUUGUUUUUUUUAAAGGUAAAAAAAAAAUAAAAAUCUUAACAGCAGGUAAUUUUAAUAAAUGCUUAAUAACCAUGUAAUCCAGGAGAGAUUUAGAACACUUCACUUGUCCAUUUGUUAUGCAUCGCUAGUUUGUCCUAGUCCUGUUCUAUAGUGUACUUUUAUUAUCACUGUGUUCUCCAUAAAACUCACUCAGAGCCACUAUGCUUAUAAGUGAAACUGCAUUUCAUAAGAAAUUAACUUUCUUUUAUUUGUUUAAUGUUAUUUAAUUCUGAAGUUACAAUAAAAAUGCAUGAAGUGCAAUAAAACAAA